AGCAAUUAAACAUUUUACCACCUAGGGGCAAUAUACGGCUGCGAGUUUCCGUUUCGAUUUCAAAAGUAAUCAUGAAGAGGACACGGCGAAGUGUGGCGUGGGACCAUUUUGAUAAAAAAAAAAAACUACUUAGUUCACUGCAAACACGGAGAUGCCAUGUAUAAGUACAAACGGCCACGACUCAAAUGAUGUAGCCUACCACUAAACAAAGCGCAUCCGACCCUGGUUAAUGUCGGUGGCGGCCGCGGUGCACCCUACUCUCACUCUCAAUCUAACGUAAACUCGGCGUUAGCACGGAGGAGCUGCGAUGCACAACGAGCAGAGAAAAUUACCCAAGGGACCUGCAAGUUCAUUGAGAUGGAUAUUGGAACCAGCAUAUCACAUUUCGUCACAACGUGCCAUCACCAGACUGGUAGAAACUCCCCACGAAGAACGGAAUAAGGUUCCCCGGGCUGGCUAAGUUAGCGCGGAGGUACCUGUGCAUCCCGGCAACGCGGGUGUUUUCGGCGGCUGGACUGACGGUCACCAGAGAUUUACAACUGCUCCUUAAGACUCUGCCAUUGCCUGUUGGGAUAUUUAAUCUAAGAGGGUGCGUGAGUGAGUUUAGACAAGCUUCUUUCACCGCUGGAUAACGAGGCCAUAUGGGAACAUGAGGAGGAGGCUCUGUAACUCGGGAGGCUUUGGAUGAGCUCGGAGCGCCUGCAGCCAUGGAACCUCCCUGUCCAACGAUUACACAGAGGACUGAAUCCAAACAUAGCGUACGGCUGCCUGGAUGAGAACCAGAAGGAGGCAGGCCCUGCCAGGAUCUACAGCGUGGCACUGGUUGUGGUAUCCCCUCUGUCUCCUGCGCUCGAACCAGGCUGAUAGACGGAGCUGUGGCCUGUGACGACAGGCGAUGGAGGUGCCGCUGGUUAAUUUUGAGAACAUGGAUGAUGUUGGCAUCAACCUGGGGGACCCGAGUGACUCUGGGUACCCGACUUCACCCCCGUCAGAGGCCCAUGAUCACAAUCUUUUAACCCACCGCCUUAGUUCUCCUCACCAGUCGCCACACAGAGGACGACGUCGGCAUCAGUCUGGUCAAGAAGGGUUGUCACCAUCCACUCCUCCGUCAUCUCUGACCACUAAAGCAAAGUCAAGCAGUGGCAGUUUGAUCUCUAAUGUGAAGCUCCUGAUCAACAGUGAGUCUCCCACUGACAGCGUCUUCAGUAAGAUGGCAAAGGACUGCUACGAGAAUGAAGAUGUGUUUGAAAAGCACUGCAUUGAAGAAAAAGACGAGAAAGUUGUCAUCAAUAUUUCAGGCCUGAUGUUUGAGACCCAGCUCAGCACCCUGAAUAACUUUCCAGAGACGCUGCUCGGUGACCCCAUGAAGAGGAUAAGAUACUUCGACCCAAUGAAAAACGAGUACUUCUUUGACAGAAACCGCCCGUCUUUUGAUGGUGUUCUGUACUUCUAUCAGUCAGGGGGGAGAAUCCGUAGACCGGCCAAUGUUCCCUUAGAUGUUUUUGCGAAUGAAAUGGUUUUCUAUGAGUUGGGUCAUGAAGCGAUGGAGCAGUUCCGCGAAGAUGAAGGGUUUAUCAAAGAGCCAGAGGUCCUUCUGCCCACCAACGAACUCAAACGACAAUUCUGGCUACUGUUUGAAUACCCAGAAAGCUCCAGUGCAGCCAAAUCUGUCGCUCUGGUUUCUGUGUUUGUCAUCGUCAUUUCCAUUGUCAUCUUCUGCCUAGAGACUCUGCCAGAGUUCAGGGAAGACACUGACUUUCCCCCGAUUUUAACCCAACUCAUCAACGGGACCCAAGGCGGUUCUGCCCCUCAUCCCGCCACUAAAGACGUGUUUGCAUAUUUAACAGACCCCUUUUUCAUUGUGGAGACUAUUUGCAUCAUUUGGUUCUGCUUUGAAGUUGGUGUCCGUUUUGUGGUGUGCCCCAGCAAAAGGGAUUUCUUCAAUAACAUCAUGAACACCAUUGACAUAGUCUCUAUAAUUCCCUACUUUGUAACCCUUGGAACAGAGCUGGCUACGACCCCUGAUGAUGAUAUGAACUCCAGUCAGAACAUGUCCCUGGCGAUCCUAAGAAUUAUCCGUCUAGUGAGAGUUUUUAGAAUUUUUAAGCUCUCCCGACACUCGAAAGGGCUUCAGAUCUUGGGGCAGACGUUGAAAGCCAGCAUGAGGGAACUCGGGCUGCUUAUCUUCUUCCUUUUUAUAGGAGUCAUCCUAUUCUCAAGUGCCAUCUACUUUGCAGAAGUGGAUGAGCCCCAGACGCAGUUUGUCAGCAUCCCUGACGGCUUCUGGUGGGCUGUGGUGACAAUGACCACUGUGGGAUACGGAGACAUGUGCCCCAUCACAAUCGGAGGCAAAAUGGUCGGCACCCUCUGUGCCAUUGCUGGUGUCCUGACCAUUGCCCUGCCCGUCCCUGUCAUCGUCUCCAACUUUAACUAUUUUUACCACCGUGAGACUGAGCAGGAGGAGAAACAGGUGAUGGAUGCGGCGGCAGAGGCUGCUCAGAAAACGUCAGCUGCAAACAAGUACGGAAGCACACCCUCGCUAAACAAAAGUAACGGCAACUGGCAAAAUGAGAAAAAUGGCGCACACUGUUAGAGAAAGUACGAGAUGCACUGCUGCGAUAUUAGUUUGUUUCUCACUAUUUUGUACUCCAAACAUGGGAACAUGUUUGCAUAUUAUGACAGUAUUAUUAGGCCCUGUGUGGUGAGGCAGCCUUUAUACAAGUUGUCUGUCUGCUUGUGGAUGUGUCAAAGUGCAAUUAACACAACUCAGCAACUACUCUGUCCGUUCAACUUCAAUGAGAAGAACUGAAAGGUAUAAUUAUCAUCUUUCAUCCAGUGCAAUUUGAAGAAAAAUGUUAUGGCUCAUUUGUACUAUGGACAUUUCUUCACCUUGAAAAUGUUGACUGUUGGGAUAAACAAGUGCAAAGGCAAAGUAAGUUGUAAGUUUCACCAAAAUGUCCUUGAGGGUCUGAAUAACAGUAAGUUUAUCCCACAAAAGAAAAAAAACUGUUGUGAUAGAGAUCAGAGCAUUUAAACUGGAAGUAUACUCAGAGUUCAUAUUACAUCAGUUAGUCUACACUUUGUCAUAAUCAGCAAAACCAAAAUAGAACUUGUCACGAUUUUCAAGGGCAGGCGAAUAGUGUAAGGCAAGAGGGCACACAUUGUCUUAUCAGCAAAUCUAUAGAUGUGAAUGCUCAGCCAGCAGACCUUCUCCAUAUGAGCAGCAUAACAUAACAAUAUUUGUGUGAUAUGCCACUUUUCCACGGCAGGAACAUUCCCCAGGGUCUACAGUAGGAACAUUUUGAGGAACUCAUUGCAUUUUGACCGCAGGGACCAGGGUCUAAAUUAAGUUCUGGGGCCUUUUUACACCCUAAAAUGUUCCUGAAUAAAUUAAAUAGUUGGCAUGUCUGCUAUUAGUCUUGUAGAUAGGCAAAAUAUAAAUCUGCAGUAUAGUACAUGCAGUAGUUGCAUGCAGCUUUUAAAAUAAAAAGUAAUUUUUAACUACAUGGUUUCAUUUUUACUAUUUGGCGUUUUGCACAAGAUCUAAUAUUGUUAUUAUAACGUGAAUUUAUGCUUUAAAAACCAUAUCAAUUUGUAGCACUGUUAGUUUAUUCCCACAUAUCUCUUGAGCACUUUUGGAGCUUUACACCAUCAGCUGUUGGCAGGGAAAACACAUUUCUUAGAGUGUCUAAUGUAAAUGUGAGAUGAGGUAUAUAUUUGUGAUCAGACUGAGAGAAUCGAGGAGAGGGCAUAGACAAAAAACAAUAACUUUGCACUCUUGUAUUUGAAAAUGCCUCUAUUUACCCUUGUUCUCUCAUUUGUAUUGCAUGGCAUAGUGUGCCGAAAUGAGUUUUAACUCUUAUUAUCAGUAACUGAAAGUUUGACAUAUUUAUUGUACCUAAAUAUAUUAGUCUUUCAAUCAUAUAGUGAUUAUCAUUAUAUUCAAUGUGAAGGGAGAGCCAAUACUACAACUGGAUUUGUGAAAUGAUGACAACAAAUGAUGAAUUGUGUAUCUCAUCGGGAAAUUGGUACUAUAUAUGCAUGCCACGUUUCAAUCUUGAGAAUGUACUGUAUGUGAGUUUAGUAUACAUAUAAAUACAGCUUGUAUAGAAAUGGCAGUGGAUGUAGUUGUAACACAAUCAAUGCCUUUCUAAUAAUCCCACAAUAUACAAUAAUGAUGACAUGUGGGUGGCAAAAACAAAUAUGUUGUGUUUUUCACCCAAUGGAAAGAGCAAUACUUUAAUUAAUUAAAAUUAAAUGCAAUAAGGUGACAUCAGUUAGUCACGUCAGCACUUUACUAUGUUAUGAAGCACUUAAUACUUGAGGACUGUUACUGUACGGUAUGUGUCAACAUUGUACAGUAUACAGUGUCGUAAUGUUUUAUUUAUCCUGUAAAGAGUGCCUUUCAUUAAACAUGUAUCCUAACUGUGUA